GAUGCUGAUCCUAGCAGGUUCGAGUACAUCUGUGAAACCUACACGUGGACAGGUGUGUGUUACAAUGGUGCCAACUGUCCACAUUACCACGGCCCUGAUCGUCUGCCAUACCUGUGGCUGACUGAAGUGAAGGGACACUGGAGCAAAAGCCCCGACAGUGAUAUGCUCGAAAUGCGAUUUUGUGAUCCUGGAGAUUUUACAUCGGAGUUUCCUAGUGACUUCAAUACAAUGUCAACCACAGGGGAAAGUAAAGAAAUAACUUGUUCAAGAAGUCUUAAACGACUGUCAACACCAUCAUAUGUGACUGCAGCGCCAGGAACUCCUCUCAACUUCUACACUCAGUGGGUGUGGUACCGGCAAGAACAUGAUGGCAGCUACACCCCCUUCUACCCGGGAACCCUGCAGUACACUCUGGAAGAGAAGUACUUCAAUAAUCAGGGCAAGUACUACUUUGAGUUUGGAAAUCUGCGCCUGAUGGUGGACAUGAAGGACUUGAAACAAACCAAUCUGGACACAAAACGAUCCACAAAACUCAUUCGACGACCAGUCUUUGUACCCAGUAAGAAAUUGAAGAUUCCAAAGAUGUCCCCGCUGCUACUUCACGAAGCUGUUAAGCACGUGCAUCAGGUGCCUGACAACUGGUCUGUCGUGGAUCGUUUCCAGGACUUCGAGCUCGUUGAGCUGGAGUCAGAUAACUCAGAUUACUGUGUCGUACAUCAAGCGUUCUUCUUAACCAUGGAUGUCACCAAGCACAAUAUUGUCAACAUCUUCCGCGUACAGAACCCGGGGCUGUGGGAUAAAUACUGCAGCGCCAAAAGGGCCAUGAUUUCUAAAGAUCAGAUACAAGAAGGGGUAGAUGAGAGUCUGUUAUUCCACGGAACCCCGACACUUCAGGCAGUCAGGGGCAUCUGUGCCAACAGUUUCGACUUCCGCAGGUCUGGAGAAAAUAUGGGAACUGUCUGGGGCAAGGGAGCUUACUUCUCCACCUCGGCUCAGUACAGCCAUGACUACACGGGUGUUCACACCCCAGUCACAGGCGACCCCACACGGUUCAUGUUUCUGGCAAGGAUCCUGGUGGGGCAGUACACUCUGGGUCAUCCUUCUUACACUAAACCACCAGUGCGUGAAGGACUAAAGUUGUACGAUUCGUGCGUGAACGAUGACUUGUUCAACCCCACCAUCUUCGUCAUCUUCGACCUUACACAGAGCUACCCGGAGUAUCUGAUCCAGUACACAGAUGCUUCAGACAGCAGAGAAGAGGCACAAGGCCAACAACUCAAACAGAUGUCACAACUGCAGCAGCUCCCACCGGCCAUCACGUCAGCGUCUUUAUUAGCAAGAUUCUCACAUCAUCGGUUGCUUUCACAAACGUCUUCCAAUACGAGCUCAGUACUGCCCUCUAAACUCGGACACCGAAGCCCGGCGUCUACUACAGCAUCUACUACAUCUACCACUACCUCUUCACAAGCCUCACGUGCUCCUGAUGGCGGCUUGUCAACAACUUCACAGGGAGUAUCAGCAUCCACAUCAAAACAUUUACUGUCACAUACAGAACCCGGGAUAUCUACUUCAGCAAAAAUACAGCCAUUUUCACGACCAUUGCCACUGACACUCGCCACACCACAGCCAGUGUCAAGAUCAACAAAAGCAAUGCAGUUUGUGUCCCCACCAGCCACACCAGAGCCAUUGUCACCUCCAGCCAUCCAACCUCCUAAUUUUCCCCAUUCUCAACAUCAACAACAGUGCAGCCAGCGUCAAGAUCAACAAAAGCAAUGCAGUUUGUGUCACCAUCAGCCACACCAGAGCCAUUGUCACCUCCAGCCAUCCAACCGCCUAUAUUUUCUCCAGUCUCAACAUCAACAACAGCGCAGCCAGUGAUGUCACCGACAUUAUUAUUUGACUCUAUUUCCGAUGAAGACGUGGAAUACGUGCCUCCGCCGCCUUCAUCAUUACACGCUUUGUUAUUAUGAAGACGAUGUGUAUUAGGGUAAUACUAAAAUGACGAGAAAUGUUACUGCAGAUGGGCUUCAAUUUGAUGAGCACUGAAAUAGUCUACAUAUUCUCUACACGACUGUAAUCAUUUAUUAGCUUCCUCACUGUACUUUGCACUCAUCUACCCACCUUCAUACAUUGAUGCACAGGAAAUAUACUCACCAGUUGUGCAGGUGAUUAAAUGUCUUGAUAUGGAACUUACUUUUGAACAUUUUGCUUUCUGGAUUUUUUUUUUUUUUUUACAAAAUUUAAAUCCACAAUUUUACUUUAUGAAUGGAAUGUUUGUAAACAUGUUUUGCAAUCCAUUGUUGUAUAACUCUAAAAGUUAGGGCUAAUACUAGCCUUGGGGAAAAGUGUUUUGUGUAUUAAUGAGAAUAAGUUGUUAUUAUGAGGGAAUUUAUGUUCUCGAAUAAUGCUACUCAAGAGCAUUAGUGACCUGUACACAAGUGCAUAAAAGUUCUACAUACUCAACAGAUUUUUAUCAGAUGUUUACACCUAGAACUUUAAUAAUUUAUUUUGAUAAACUGGGAUUUAGUGGAUAUUAGUAUUACAGCUUUUCAGAUCAAAAGCGUGUAAAAAUAUUAUUAGUUUUGCUAUGCAGACUAGUUAAUGAAUUUUCUAUUCCAUCUGCAGAAAAUUCAGCAAAAUAUAUCAAAGUGUAACAUAAGCUUGUUAUGAAGGGAAACGUUUGUAUAUUUUGUUUUUAUUUGUAAGCUUGAUGCAUCUCAUUGUGUUAAGUUUUAACAGUACUGACUGUAAACUGCAUUCAAUGACCCGUGACUGUUAAGAGCAGCAAAACACGUAUCUUGUCAUGUAAAAUGUGAAAAUGAAUGUGUAACAACUUUGUAUGUAGAUGCUGCUUUCUAAAUAAAAAAAUAUCUU